AUGCUUCGUGUUAAUCUACUAAUACUGUUAUGUUUCGUACCCUUUUCUCUCAAUAAUCCGCUUCCAACUCUUCCUCCGGACACAGCGAACGCAUAUCUCCGAUCAUUCUUGCCAUGGUGGCCUAACAACACUGAUUUUUCACUGAGAGCUGCUCCCACUCCAUCUGAAAGUGAAAAUUCGACAGAAGCCGUCUUACUCGGAGCUGAAUAUGAAAAUGGAACAGAUUCGACGACGGGAAAUCAGGAAGAUUUAGACCCAGCCACUCUCCGAGUUCAAGCACUCCCAGAUUCACCUUUAGAUGCACUUUCACCAGAAAACGCACCGAAAAGUUUUGUCAGCGAAAGUAUGAAUCAUCACGAUGGGAACUUUAUCAUUAAUUUUGACGAAAUGGGAGAAUGCCCACGAGACUGUUCUAACGAUUUGAGGGAAGCACUUGGAAUCGUUCUUCAGGAUAUGAGCCAUGUCGAACGAUACCAUCGAAUUUGCGAAAAAUACUCCAACGCGAGCACAUGUGUUAAUGAGGACGGUAGAUGCGAUAAAGACGAUCGUGGAAUGUUCGAGAUGAUGACAAGUGGCCUUCACUAUAUGUGUGUCGAACAAGAACUUGCAUUCAACGCUACCAUAAAGUGCAUCGACGACGAAGCAGGUCUUGUUCAAUCAGAGUGCGACGCUCAGUGCCAAACUAAAAACCUUUUCAUGAAUUGGAUGAUGCGUACGGCUUUCCAAGAUACCAUACAACAAGGUGUAAAUGGCAUCGUUGGAGCUGCAACAGGCACUAAUGCUAAUCCUCUUGCAUUUUUGCAAGGUGCAGAAGGAGCGGCUGGUGGAACACCCACUGGUUGGGCUGAUAUGUUAGCGACCGUUGAACAGAGACCACCGAGCCCCCAGGAUGCACAACAAGGAUUUGAAAACUUCCGGCAGUUUACUAAUGAUUUGUGCAGAAUCGGUGAUUGUAUGCUGGAUUGUAUUCGCUCUAAAUUCAAUACUCGCUGUGAAGGCUCAGCUGGAACUUUAUUAUCGGAAGUUUUUGUUCGUCCUAUUGCUGCCAGUCAAAACAAACUAUCGAUCCUCCGCCCAGUUCUUGGAUCAUUCAUGCCUGAACAAUGUAACUAUCUCACCAACAACGCUGACCUGAAAAAGCACCGAAUCGACUCAACAAUGGAUGAGGAAUUGAAACGAAUGUACGCGGAGAAGAUGGCUAAAGAAAUUCGCGACAGAAAUGCACAGGAUGAACUACUUUCAAAUCUUGUUCCUCUCGAUGAGAAUGGUGUUCCAUUGCCACGAGCUCUUCCCGAAUUGAAAUCUGUCGAUUCCCCAUUGGAUGUUAGUGUGAAGACUCUGGAUCAGCUGAUUUUGGAUAUGUACAGUAAGAACGAAACAAAAAAGGCAGAAACUACAAAAAAGAGCUAUCCGAAUACUACAACUGUUGCACCGAAAAACGACGAUCAAGCGGCGAACACUACCGCUGAAACAACAAAAACAACUUCUGCAAAUAUCACACACGUAGAAACGACAACAUUAGGGAAUCCGAAGACUGAAGAAGUGCUAAGUGACGUAUCAUUGGAUACAUCGGGAAACAAUUCAACAGUUGCUGAUUCCGGAGAAGGUUCCGCGGAAGGUGCAGGAGAGGGUACAGAAGAAGAUGCCGAGUACUCUGGUUCAGGAAACGAAUCUACAACCGAAGAAGAGUAUUCUGGUUCAGAGGAAGUUUCUGCAACCGAUGAAGGACAUCCAUUAGCAGCAGAUGAAUCCAACGAGGGUCUACUGACAGGAAGUGGAGAACCAGCAGAAGAAGCGUCUGGAACAGGAAAUUCGUCGGUUGAAGGAUCAGGUUCUGGUCUCGAUUCACUGAGAUCUUAUAUCGAGACCUCCGGAGAAGCAUCGGGAGGAGCGCCGGGAGAAGCAUCGGGAGAAGCAUCGGGCGAAGCGUCGGGAGAAGUAUCGGGCGAAGAGGAGUUUUCUGGAUACUCGGGAGAAUCUCCUGGAGAGAAUGAGUCGUCAGGAGAGGUGCCACUAACAACUACACUACAUGAAUUGUACUGA